AUGGGCUCCCUUGACGAUAUUAUCAAUGCUUCUCCGUUUCUUUCCUUCCAUCGUGAUCUCGUCCAGAUAGAAUCUAUCUCUGGUAACGAAUCGCACGUGGGCGAUUUCAUUGUGAACUUCCUCGAGGAACGGGACUUUACUGUUACCAAGCAACCCGUUGACGGCGAGAGCAGCAAGCGCUUCAACAUCCUCGCCUACCCGGCUUCUCGCUCCCACCCUGAAAUCCUCCUCACAUCACACAUCGACACAGUCCCGCCAUUCAUCCCAUACUCUCUCUCCCGCGUCGACAACACCAGUAGCAAUGAUAAAAAGAACAUCCGCAUCGCCGGCCGCGGCUCCGUAGACGCCAAAGGCAGCGUCGCCGCCCAGAUCUUCGCCGCCCUCGACAUCCUCAAACACGACCCCUCAGCUCCCAUAGGCCUCCUCUUCGUCGUUGGCGAAGAAGUCGGCGGAAACGGCAUGCAGGCCUUUUCCAAAUCACCUUCUUUCAACCCCUCCCCAUCUCCCUAUCACACUUAUAUCUUCGGGGAACCCACCGAGCUGUCCCUUGUUGCGGGGCACAAGGGCAUGCUGGGCUUCCAGAUUGUUGCAAAGGGUCAGGCUGCGCAUUCGGGGUAUCCGUGGCUCGGACAGAGUGCCGUUUCUGCUAUUCUUCCUGCGCUGCUGCGCGUCGAUCAACUAGGCGAGUCGAUUCCCGUUGAGAAGGGUGGGCUUCCGUCUAGUGAGAAAUACGGCAAGACUACUGUCAACAUUGGUCGUGUGGAGGGUGGUGUCGCUACGAAUGUCGUUCCCGCUGCUGCUCGCGCGGAUGUCGCCGUUCGUUUGGCGGCGGGGACCCCCGAUGAGGCACGAGAGAUCAUCCGUCGCGCGAUUAGCAAUGCUACCGGCGAUGAUGGCGAGAGUGUCUACCCGGACUUUGCGGCCCGUCUGGAAGCCUACUCCCCUCAAGAUAUGGAUACAGAUGUUGAGGGGUUCGAGGUCAUUACCGUAAACUAUGGUACCGAUGUACCGAAUCUGGUUGUCCAUCCUAACCGUGAUGGCAAGCAGGUUAAGCGAUACCUGUAUGGACCGGGAACUAUCUUUGUUGCUCACGGUGAUCACGAAGCUCUCACCAUUGCCGACCUCGAGGAAGCUGUUAGUGGGUAUCGGAAGUUGGUUGAGGCUUCGUUGCGUAGAUGA